AUGGAGGCGGUUCAGACGCCGGAGCAACUCGCUGACAUUGUUCGAAAAUCACAUCGCGAAGUUGAAGAGGAAGAGAAUCGGACGCAAGGCACAAGUUCUUCGACCGGCGCCGACUCGCAGGUGCAGGCGGAAAAAUCCAAGAAAAACGAGUUUUCUGACUUGGGUCUUGAUAUGAGCGAUGAGGAGGAAGACGAGGGCAUUGUUGAGGCAGCAAAUAAAGACCCCUCGAUUGAUGAUGACAUGGAAAAGUGCCUGAAAGGACUGGAGCUGUCUGAUGAGGAAGAAGACGAAGAUGAAGAGGGAAGCGAGAAUGUCGACGGCAAACAGGCGCGAAAAGAAUGGAUGAAAAAGCAGAAAGCGGAUCUUAUCGAGAAGAUCGCCAGAGCAAUUCACAAGAAUAUCAUGCUCACUAAAAGGGAGAAAGAGAUCGAUGAUGAAAUGGACAGGCUCAUGCAAAAUCGAUCCGACGAGAUCGAACGACGAAUCGAGGAACGCUACACUUGCGGAACAUGCGGAAAGAUGCUCGAUUCUGUUAAGGGAGUUCCAGAAGCGAAACACGAGCAUUUCUGCAAACUGGCCUCCAACAUCUAG